CAUUUUGAGGAGCUCGAACUGCAGACACCGGCUGACUACCGCUGUUGCGCAGCAAUUUAUAACGUUUUGAGCAUUUUAAUUAUAGUUUUCGCUGAUAGAAGAAUUGAUGUCUCGAUUUAACAAUAAUCGUGGAGGCCUCGGGAUGAAUAAUUUCCAGCAACGCAGAGGGGGCAUUGGGCCCGGCGGACUCGGCGGACUCGGCGGACCCGGUGGGCCAAUGCGGGGUGCUGGGCUAAUGGGAAACCCACAUUUCAGAAACCAUCCUUUCCAGAUUCAGAACCAAAAUCGGAGGGGUACAAACAAUAACUUCAACCAAGGACCACAGACUCCCCAGAAGCCACAACCGUCGCUGCCAAUUAUUCCUCCGCCAACUCCCGGUCCGGCUCUCACCAUGAAGGGCCCGAUGCAGCAGGAGAAGAAACCGGCAGUGGCGACUCCCCCGGUGGAGCAGCCGAAACCGACAACCCCUGUGACUCCGGCGAAGAUUGAGGCACCUGUUCCAAAACCCAACAUCCUGGCCUCCCCUCCAGCUAACCAGCCGAACAAGGACAAGGACAAGGACCAGAAUCAGAAUCCAACUCAGAAUCCAACUCAGAAUCCAACUCAGAAUCCAACUCAGAAGCAGAAUCAGAAUCCAAAUAAUCAGAACCAAACUCAGAAUCAGAACCAAACUCAGAAUCAAAAUCAGAAUCAGAACCAGCAGCUGAAGUCACCGAUUGGAAAUGCCAACGUGCAGAAGCCGCCUCCACAACCCAGCCCCAAGUCGGCUCCCCAACAGGCCCAGAAGGCGAGCCCUCACCAAGGCCAUAAGUCUGGGCCACACCAAGGCAUGAGAAACAACCACCCUUAUCAAGGCCAUCGGAUGGGCCCACCGCCAAUGAGGCCCAGGCACGAGCCAGAGAAAAUCACCCCAAAGAAUCCAUCCGUGUUCGAUGGGACCCACGAAAAGGCGUUCAAGGCAACGCUCUCCAUGCUGCUGAAACCCGGUGAGAAGACGUACACGCAGCGCUGUCGCCUGUUUAUCGGUAACCUGCCCAACGACAUCACAGAGGACGAUUUCAAGAAGCUGUUUGCCAAAUAUGGAGAGCCCAGCGAGGUCUUCAUCAACAAAAUCAAAGGCUUUGGUUUCAUCCGAUUGGAGUCUCGCGCACUUGCAGAAAUCGCAAAAGCCGAGUUGGACGACACACCGAUGAAAAGCAGACCCCUGCGCGUCCGCUUUGCCACACACUCUGCCGCUCUGUCCGUGAAGAAUCUGUCUCCGUUUGUGUCCAACGAGCUCCUGGAAGAAGCUUUCUCGCAGUUCGGAAUGGUGGAAAGGUCCAUCGUCAUCGUAGAUGACCGCGGACGCUCCACAGGCAGGGGCAUUGUCGAGUUCGCCUCCAAACCUGCGGCCAGAAAGGCCCUAGAUCGGUGCAACGAGGGCGUCUACCUGCUCACCACAUCACCACGACCAGUCGUGGUCGAGCCUCUGGAGCAGUUUGAUGAUGAAGAUGGUCUUCCAGAGAAGCUGGCACAGAAGAACCCCAGAUAUCAAGCAGAGCGUGAGGAACCUCCUCGUUUUGCUCGUCCUGGCACCUUCGAAUACGAGUACUCCAAGCGCUGGAAGUCCCUGGAUGACAUGGAGAAGCAGCAGAGGCAGCAGGUGGAGAAGAACAUGCGCGAGGCCCGUGAGAAGCUGGAGAGCGAGAUGGAGGAUGCGUUCCAUGAGCACCAGGCCAACCUGCUCAGACAAGAUCUGCUUAGGAGACAGGAGGAGCUACGACGCAUGGAGGAGGUGCACAGUCAGGAGAUGCAGAAGAGAAAGGAGAUGCAGAUCAGACAAGAGGAAGAGCGCCGCCGGCGGGAAGAAGAGAUGAUUCGCAAGAGGGAGAUGGAGGAACAGAUGCGCCGCCAGCGUGAGGAGAACUACAGGAUGGGCAACUACAUGGAUCGCGACAGAGAAAUGAGAAUGAAUCCCGGUCAAGCUUUGGGCAUGGGUGGAGGAGGAGGUGGUGGUGGCGGCGGCGGCGGCGGUGGCGGUGGUGGUGGUGGUGAUAUGCCCUUCGGUGGAGCCAACCAGAAGUUCCCCAUGGGCUUUGAGGGCCAGAAGGGCAUGGGACCAGCCGCAGGAGGCCCGAUGGGCAACGAAAUGCAGCGCAACGAGCGCUUCGCCCAGGGCGGUCCUCGGGGAAUGGGUCCUGGUAACCCAGGGUUCGGCAGGGUCCGCGAGGAGUUUGAUGGCCCGGCUAAGAAAGCCCGCUUUUAAAAACAGAAACGCUGCUCUUUGAUGCUCCCAGCAGCACCAUUUUGUAUAAAUUCUCUACAACAAACCUGUUGAGACGCAUUUAUUGUAUUUAAGUUGAAAUUGUUGCUGCAUUUUAGCCUCCAAUUUACUCAUUUCAUGACUUAAGUCAAUAUUUCCCUCUUUUUAUUUUGUAUUGUUGGUAGUUUGGAAAGAUGGGAUCUUUAGUUCUUUCUGAUCCAUGUAUAAUUUUGUUUUCUAGAUGUAUUAUGCUCUGAGUCGCCGUCAACUGAUAACUGUAACAAUUUUCUCAUGGCUGUGUUUUGUGCCAUACAUUUGGAGUAAGCAUGUAUUAUAAUAAAGAGCAAUUGGUUGUAUCAGGACAAAUUUUAGCAUUCAUUCCAAAGUUGAGACGUACAGUAAAAACAACCAAGUACCAACAUUUGGCUGUUUCUAAUUGUGGAUACAUCCGCCACCUUAGUUUCUUAAAGGGUCUAUGUGUUCUCGUUGCCGCCGUCCGGACUUCUUUUGUUCUGCGACGUGUAUGAAAUGAUGUUAAAAGCAUUUGCUCGCUGCAAAGGCCUCUGCCUUCUCUUCGUCCAAUCAAAUUCAAAUGACCAGCGGCAUUCUCGAUAACUCGUUUUUUUUUUUACGGUACUGACUGCUAGAAGCCCUCAGAUGGUGAACCAACCCAAGACUCCAUUAAAUCUUUUUGCUGUUUCUUUCCACAAAUGCUGCUCAGUCAAAAUGGAGGUGUCUCUUCCCCCCUUUUUGAAACGUGAUUAAGCAAAUUGUCAUACUGACGUGGCUGCACUGAGUCUGUUAACCAACUUUUAUUCAUUGGCAUUCGGUAAAUGCUGUUACAGUAACGCUUCAGGAAAGCAGAAAUACAAUGCAUAGAUCCUUUAAGAAAGCUGCGUGGCCAAAUGGACUCGUUCUUCUCGUGACGGACAUCGUCUGGUCAGUGACGCAUUGGCCACAUUAGUUUGUCUGAGGUGUGUGUUUGGAGAGUAUUGACUACCUUUACAUGCAGUACAAAAUAGCACCUUGCUUUUAUCACAAUUCCAAAAUCCACCCCAGCUCUUGAUUUGUACAUCGGGCCUUUUGAUGGUCUUUGUUUUCAUAUUUCACAAUGUCACUGGACAUCAUUGUGCUUCAAGUCUAAGUUCUGCUUUUGGCAGUGAGACUAAGAAUGUAUGUCAGACUGACCCAUGUACUCGUCUACAUGUGGGCCAUGUGUAGACUGGCAGAGUUACAGGAUAGACGGCUAGCAGUUCAAUGGUACCAGGUACUCUGGAACGAGUUGGGCUGUGUAUACAUAUGUACUGAUAUCGUUAAACUGUUAUUUCCCCCCUCAAUAAAAAAAAAAAGGAAGAACACCUAUCCAUGCUUGAACACAACAUACUUGCCAAUACCAGAGAAUAAGAUGUUUUCCUUUGCUGGUAAUCAAACAAUACUACAUCAUUAUUUCUUCAAAAGCAUAUUUGAUGCCUGUUUAUUUCAACAUCUUUCUUGUUCCUAUUGAUGCGGCAAAACAUUACUAGCAUGGACUUACAGUGCCGGUAGUCUGCCAUCUUUGUUUCUGUCGCAUGUUCACGGAUUGAGGACGUGAGGCGAUUGUUUCCCCCAGCCUCAGACGGACAGCCCUGUCCCAACCUGCAUGUAAACGUAGUCGUAUUCAGUUCACUUAUGGACUUAAUUGUGGGUACAACGGAUGUUAACGGCUUGUAUCUUGAAUGGACACAAAAGGAGGUCUUUACUCGAUUGACAAACUUUUAUUUGAACCAAAUUACCAUACAAGAGUAAACCUGCCUGUGCAUGACUGGCAACGGGCUCGGUUGGACUUGCAAACUUGCAUUGUGGUCUAGAAUGAAAAUGGCUACCAUUGCAUAUUUUACCCCCUCAAAAAAGUUAAUGUGACCAACUAUUUGCAGUUCUUGUUUAAAUCAAAACUAUUCAUGGUUUUUAUUGAGCAUGAUAUUUGAGUAUCAUGAGCCAGCAAGCCAUGUAAAAAGAUGUAAAUCCCUCACUUGCACAAGUUGUACUGUGACAAAGUAUUCGCUGUGCUGGACCUAAGAAGACAAGGAAUCCUGAGUUGGUCCUGAAAGGUGAACGGCAUCGAUGUGGCUCGUGCUGCAGUAGGAUCUCUUUUCUUUUUUUUAAGCAUCUUGUUUUGUUUUCCACUGAAUUCUAAUUGUCUCAUGGAUGCCUUCUCAUGUGGCUGGAUGCACAAACCAACACGGCUGGAAGAAGUUAUUUCUAUUUAAUUGAUUGACGAGCGUUACUGCCACUCGGGUUCAGCCGGAGGACACUGUGCUUUCAUCUUCCUCAGAUCUAGCUUCACUUUGAAGCACUGCUUUGCACUACUUUCUUUCAUUGGGUUAAUUCAACAGGAGCCCAUUGACCAGCACCCGUUUCUGCCUUUCGGAGACAUGUUAGCUUUAGUUGCAUGAAUGUCAUCUGUGGCCAUAUUACGAGACACAAGUGACCUAAGACUAUCAACAAUAUACAAUUUCCUACGAGAUUAUACAGGAUGCAGAGGCUUCAAAGCAAGAAACAAAAGCAUAAAUGGGCAUAAUAAUUGAUGACGGGCCUUCCAUUGAUAUUUGGAUCAAAGAUCGUAACUGAACGCAGUAAAUGGAGGCCUGCUAUUAAAAGAAAAUGGCAAAUUAAUGUUUUAUAAUUAUCAAAGGAAAGAAGUCUAAACCCUGCUGUUUGAAAUUGACAUUUGUACUGCGGCCCAAUCCGGCCCCUCCCAAUGAAUCGAGCCAGUACCUCCCUGAGGAGUUCUGACUGGCAUCAAGUGGAGACUGGCUUGCCUCUGCAAGCGUUUCUCAGAGUUGUGUGGUAGGAGAAGAUGGGAUGGGCUGUGGAAGUGAGUGUAAGUAUCCUUGUAUUAAUUACAACUUUGCAGAUUUAGCACAUUUGGUUUCAUGCUUAAGAAUAAUAGUUUCACUUGACUGCUUUAAAAAUGGCGAAUUUUAAAGAUGAAGCCCGAGAAAUAAGAGUAGAACGGACAUUCUCAUUCAAAUCCCCGUAACAGGAUGGGCAGCCAAGUGGGACAACUGAGGUCAUAUUUUGCAGUAGAGUAGUAACUUUUUUUAAUCUUUGGGAUCAAUUUGACCACGAGCUGUGUAAAACAUAUGAAAAAUCAACUUUUUUUUUAAUUUAAAGGGCUAUUUAGGUAGUCAACAAACGAACAUAAAGUACCUGACACUUAACCCUCCUGUCGCCUUCGGGUCAAUUUGACCCGAUUCAAUGUUUAAUGUCGGUGUUCUUUCGGGAGUCAACAAACAAACAUAAAGUACCUCACACUUAAACUUGGAAAACAAUAUUAAUUCUAAUAAUUCUCUGGAGAUUUUAAUAGCUGGGGUCAUAUUGACCUCAAGGGUAAAAUAUGUUAGUAAAUAUAAAGGUAACAGGAGGUUAAACAUUGAAUCGGGUCAAAUUGACCCGAAGGCAACACAAGGGUUAAACUUGGGAAACAAUAUUAAUUCUAAUCAUUUUCUAAAUGUUUAAUUUGCUGGGGUGAAAUUGGCCGCACGGUUAAAAGAUUUUAGUAAAUUUGAAUGUAACAGGAGGGUUAAAUGUAUAUUCUUAUUUGGAAAUAUUGACCAGUACAUAACACGGUAAAAAUGUAAUUUAACUGAUAUUUCCAUUUCCCCCCAAAUUUUUGUUUACAUAUACAAACUGACGACAAAGCCACCCCUCCCAUAGGUACACCCACCUAGUACAGGAAAAUAAAUACAUAAAAAGAAGUCUCAUCAUUUCACCGAGCCAGACGUCUACAUAUAUCCACGUACCUAAACACAAACGUGUAGAAAUAAUAACUUUUAGAAAACAUUUAACACUAUUUUUCUUUUUUUUAGUUCAGCCACAUUGCUAUUGCCAGAGGACCUGGUUUCUGUCCCUGGAGUAGCAUUAGAGCGCGGGGGAAUUGGAGAGCUAACCACGUUUUUCUUGUCAUCAAAUUACCACAAAGCCGUUUAAUGUCCGUUCUACUCCUAUUUUAUAUCUAUGGAUGAAGCUCUUUGUAAAUUCUGUGUUUCCUGGCAUGAGCUCCAUAGACAUCCGGUGGGCUGUUGAAGUAGAGUUUUAAUACUACAUUUUGUCGACUAGUAAGAACAAUAAGUGGAGCCACUUGUGUUGCGCUCAACCAAGUGUCCAUCUUCUGUCUUUGGAUACCCAGUGGACCACAACUGGAUGACAACAUUGCAUCCUUUGGUCUUCUAUUUUGUCUCAUAUCUUCCAAAACAAAGUAUGCAAUACAUCAACAACCUUUACUAUGACUUGUGUUCCUCUUGUGCGCAGUAUGAUAAUGUACCUGCACAAUAACAACAAAUAUAACCCUUUGAAAUAAAAACAAAUUCCUCAUGACUAAAAAAUUUGUAUAAAUGCAUACCAUAAUCCUUCUCAUUGCCCCAUCCCCAACAACAUUCAAUGAGACAUUGUAGAACUACGUAAUGUUAAAAUGUAAUUACCUUAAAUAACACACGACUGGUCCUUGGUGCAGAGGAAGACCUUUAGGAACAUGAAAUGGUACAUUUAGUUGCUUCCACCAUACUCUUCCACUUAAACGCAACAUCAGCCACUCACGCCAAUAUUGUUCGGCUCUUACUAUUCCUAUAUUAUAUUCUUAAUUGCGUAGCAACCCCUUGCAUCUCUGAAAAGCAGGUGUUCAGAGAGUUAACAAUUCCUGAGUAUAUGUUGCUGUCGUUUCUAGGGCUCUCAUCCCACCAACAUUUCAAACUAGUCACAGCAAACUAUGCAGAAUGUUAAUUUGUACCAUCUUGUCAUCCAAUUACUAAACAUUUGAGCCAUUUUUUCAUUGAAACUACCAAAAGCCUUUCAAGGCUUCCACACAUUCUAUUUUUCCCAGAGGCCAAUAAUAUAAUAUUUGGCUACCAUGUGUCCUUCACAUUUUUCCUUUAGAAAGUAUUGCAAGUAAAUCCCCAUGUCGAUGUGGCAUCCGAGAACCCCGCAAGAGACCUCCAGAUACUUGUGAUGGAAUUGGAUGUCAUGGAGUGUUCAUCUGUAAUGAUGCGUGUGUUUGUGUUAUGUACAUUUUUUUCUUUAACAGGUUUGACCAGCUUUAAAGAUUGUGGACUGACGGAAUUUGUGGCUGUAUAGCGUGGACUCGGGAAUGAUGCCGAUCUAGCUUUGUGGCAGUCGAAAAAUGUUCUUACCCUGUAGAUAACGAGCAUAUGCAACUUCAUGGAUUUUCAGAAACAUUUCCAAAUAGUUCUGUGUAGCCUACGUGUAAAUGUUUAAAAGGCAAAACUCCUACUUUUCUGAAAGUGGUGUUUGGCAUCAGCAAAUGCCGACAACUUUUAAGUAUAGUCAUCAAUUUCACAUUUGCUCAUAUAUUUUUGAAGGCAUGCUGUAGUUGCAUCAAUGCACUUCUGUUCUGGGACUGCCAGAGCAUUUGGUUCUAAAGCACCUGAUCGGUAUUAGUUGGUUAAAUCAGCUUUUCUGUUUAUCUAUUCAUAAAUAUAUUUCAUAAUACUAGAAAAGUAAUGGUCAAAACCAAUUCCACGAUGCCAAGUAAUAAGCAAAGACGUACUUCAACAUACUCUUAUUACAGUUCCAGUACCUACAAAAAAUCUUUCUUAAAAUUAAUUUCAAUAUCCAGCUUUAUCGUAAAUUUCUUUUUAGCAAAACAAAUGUUAGAUGUGAUCUCAGUUAUAAUAUACCAUUGCCCAAUACACCCAUUUUACUGAAUUUAGCUUGAGCGCAAAGACGUAACUGUGCAACCUCCGAUAGCCGCUAGCGCUGUUACUUUACGUUAGCAAGCUCUUCAGUUUGCUAGGUUUGUUAACAAUGGAACAUUUUUAGGGACAUUUUCUAUUGUCCUUGGGCACCAUUAGUCUUGAGCCCUCAAUCGACCUCUGGUACUGUAGGAAAGGGAGUACACGUUCAGGAUUUAGGCAGUUUAUGUACCGAAUUCUCGAUUCUCGUGACUCCCCUGUUCUGAAACUAGUUCACAGCUUGGGUUUAUGGACCAAUGCUGGUGCUUAAAACAUUGAAAAUAUAUAUAAUAAUCCAUCAUCAAGCCAGAUGUUUUUUAUUUACCUUCCCAAGUUCAACCUUGAGGAUUAUUCCUGAUGAUUUUAGGAUGGCUCGUUCUAGAUGGCCUAUUUUCUUUAUAUGUUCAUGAAUAACUGAAAUCAUGGUUCAAUCACUUCAAAAGUGUAGAAAGACAGAUUUGUCAAGACUUUAUGAAGAUUCACCAGGAGAAUUAUACGUAACAACAAACCCUCUUUGGUAUUUCUGCUCUUUUCCAGAUGUUAAACUCCAUUUCCUUGAAUAGAAGCUAGUGGUAAUACAAUUUGAUAUACAAGUGUUAAGUACUUGAAGUAGCUCACAACCUUAAAUCCGUGAUGUCCUUUUGUGUAUCAUGUAUGACACAAGUCUGGAGGGCUUUCCAGUCAGAAGGAUGUUCUCCACAGAGCGUCUGAAACUCCUGCAAAGUAGUGCAAUUCUUUAUUGACGUGACCAAAGUGUAACUUAAAACAUGCAAUGUUAUGUCUGUGUGUUGUGUACAAUUUGUUUUUCUUUAACAGGUUUGGCCAUCUUUAAAGGUGUUGGACUAUGAGAAGGAGCUUUCCAAACCAAGAGAUUCAAAGUCUGUGGCUUCUUCGCGUAUAUUAAUGAAACUCAGUCUCGUGGACCGAAUGGCAUCCUCUUAUCUUUGUUAUCACAGCAGGAGGCGUCUCUGUAGCUCGAUCUGUGGCUUGUGAAGUUGGCCUUCUGUCUUGCACAAGACUGGAGUUAAAAAUGGAAAGCAAACCGUAACAGUGACAUUUAUAUAUUUUUAAGUUUAUAGUCUAUUUCUUUUGAUGAAAGCUGCAAGCACAUUUAAUAAACUACACAGUUGAAAUAUUUCAUAUUAGAACAGGGUGUCCGCCCAUGGCCAACACAUUGUGAAAACCCACAUUUUUAUAUUAUAAGUCCAGAACCGGGACGGGACCUAUCGCAGAACAUUAGAUAUCUUUGUGUGCUUAAAAAGACGUUAAGACGUUUUAUUUUUUGCACGUUCUUUGUCGAAGUUUAUUGAAAGGCAGUCACACACAUAACAGACUAGUCAUGCUGCGUUCACACUAAAGCGUUACGAAUAUUCUCAAACUCGCCCGACUAAUUGUGGCUUUUCGCUUCAAAUGUGCCUUAGCGGGGGCGGAGCUUAUCUCCGUGGAAACUGUUAUCAUUUCCUUCAUCCGCCACGGGAUAACUAACCACUAGUUCUGCUUCAUACUUGUUGACGACGUUCCACAAACGACUGAACAUCUAAUGCCCUCGUGUCUGGGUUCAUAACAUUAAUAUAUAUAUUUAUUCAUGACAUCACCUGUAGGCUCACGCAGCUCGGUGACUUUCACCUCUACGUCUGGAUGACUUCCUCUUCCAGCUCCAUUAGAGCAGCAGUUAGAUUCACCAACGGCGGAGCAGCUCGACUGAUUGGCUUUCGCAAGUCGCCGUCGGCCGAAGGAUUUGCAUCAUUCGCAACCAUUCGCUUCUGCACGUUGACUUUGGGAUCUACUCCUGCGAAAAAUUGGCCACGCUUUUGGUGUGAACGCAGCAUGACUAUAUUAGAGGUUCACAACAGUUGAAUUGCAGGAAUGGGUUGACAAUUACACUUCUUCAUUCAAUAUAUAUCUAUAUAUAAAUUGUAGUGAUUCAUAGCAAAGCUUUGACACCAUGUCUAAAGAGAAACUCCUAGUCCAGAUCUGUUGAACGGCCUCACCACUUCUCUCUUUGUGGAAAGCCCCUGAAGACCAGUGGUGUGAACACUUGUAGACCUGACCGACCUCCUAUUCACCAACCUACCUGAGGCAGGAAGUCCCGUGCGCCCUAACCGGCUGAAGAGAGGCUGGCGUGUUGUGUUUGUGUGUGUGUGCGUUUCAUGUCUUUUUUGGUAAAUGAGAGGGUGUGUUAGCUGCCGUCAGCCAGGUUGUCACAGACGGGCUGCCCGGUCCACAAUAGAGGCUCCUCUCUGCGGUUGGGUUACAUUGAUGAGUAGUUCUGCAGAAGUCAGUGGACAGUAAAGCCCGGACUUGUUUGCACUGCAGCCGGAGAGGUAUGCUUACACAGAGCCGCUGGAACCAGCAAGGUAAGUGUCCAUCCAUGUUUAUUAUACAAGAUGCACCGUUCUUCUCCCAUGACUUAACUCUUCUCUCUGUCCUCUCGCACCGCGCCGCUGCUCCACAGCGGCGCUCCACAGGGCUUCUGGCAUCACACGGGCAACCAAUGGCAUCACAGUGCAGAUCCCUGUUCUUCAGACCUCCGAGUGGGGAGUGCGGCGCAGCGUUAUAGCCCGUGCAGUGUGUGUGUGUGUGUGUGUGUGUGGUUGUAGUACUUUGGCUUCGCUGUAUGCAUGCGCGAAAGGUACCACGUAUGGACAUCUGAGUUUUGUUUUGUUUUUUCUACGCGUUAAACAGCUUAAAUCUUGUACGGCGUUGCAAAAAAUUGGUUCUCUUCACUCGGUUUGUGUUCUUUGGGGAUUUUUAUCACCUUUUUUAUUUUUUUGUAGCCCUUGUGGUUAGCGUUGGUGUCAGGCAGGUUGUGUGCAACGAGGAACAGAAAAGUGUCGAUCACAGGAAGCCCAACUCAUAGAUGGCUUUUCCACUAAUGCUGUAAGAGUUUCCCUCUGUGUCUUUGUGCUGCUCCAGCAGCCGUGUCCGAUAAACAAAGUACACCAACUAGUUUAAUCUUUCUACUACGUUAAGUUGCUUUUGGCCUUUACGCAAACGGCACACGUGUGUAGGCUAACCGGUUGUCUCUUAUAAAUUGAUUUUAACGGACACCAGUCCUAACGUGGUUUACUGAACCAUUGUAAAGACAAAAAAUUCUCUCUAUAUAUAUAUAUAUUAAUAAUUGUUUGAAGCUAUGGCACGGAUCUGUCAUGGUACUGUCGGGACGUGGAGCGGCCCACGCUGACCGGGUCGCUCUGGGUGUGGCUGUAGAACCUGUUCGUCCACAGCUCCAAGCGGUUUGAUCCUUGGCUCACAGCCAAGGAGACUUAGUGUUUGGUGUGGAUUAUUUUUAUUUUUGCCUUUCUCUUUAUUUUAAAGCAAAUAUUUAUAUGCACACACAUUUACAAGUAACAUUUCCCUAUAACUUCUCUUCAUAAACUUUGAUUUCCUGCAUCUCCUGAAGUGGCUUCACCUGCGCAUCAGUUACUACCAGUCUGUCCUCUAAAUGGAGAAAGAAUCAGACGUGAUAUAUUUGUUUGGAUUCAAAAGGAUAUCUCCUUUUGAUGUAGGCACAAUUUACCGUCUAUUAAUAAAUGCAUAAAUCACAGUAAGAGUUACUUCUUAAACUCCAUAACUCUGUGAUCACAUGUUAAAGUUUUCUUCGUGAUGCAGCGACGGCUUUCUUCACAAAAGGAUAAAACCAGAGCUGCAACUGGAUUAAUCGGCUUAAUGGUGCCAACAUUAUACCUCUGUUCACAUCCUGCAAAGCCUCAUGGGAAAUGUGGUUCCUUCACUCAAAGACGAUCUUAGCACAUAAUCUGAGUGGAAGUGUUCUUGUGUUGCGCAGCCAUAUUUGUUGUCGCCGUGAAAGCCUUAAAGUUCACACACCGUAGUACUUUAACAUGGAGUGUGAAUAUUACUCUUUAACUACUUCCAUUUCUUACCUUUCACAAUAAAAGCCCUCGACAUAGACGGCUCUGAACAAAAUGGGGCUGUGGGUCGGGGGGAGGAAUGUACGAACUUUGAAAACUCGUGAUCUAAAUGCUGGUUGAUUUCAGGCGAGCUGGUGAGUAGGGCAGAGAUGCUUUGACCUGUUACAGACGCUUGUUUCACAUCCUCUGGAAAGGAAGGAGGAAAUCGGAGCGACUUGUAACAUUUUGCAUCGGUGCCAGACUCCUAACUGCUUUCCUUCCCUCUCGGUACCUCUCGCCACUCAUAUUUAAUUUAGUCUCUUCCUGUCUGAGCCUGACCGGUCUGUCCCGCCAGUGAAAAUCCAGCCCCCCCCCCCCCCCCACUGGCAUUUUCCUUUGGUCCGCCUCGUUGAGCUGUAAGGAACCGUGGUGGUUCUCCUCGACCGAGAGGGAACCAUGCCAUGUCCAGCCCUGGGGGCGCAUCGCGAUGUGACCGUCUGCACUGUGAUCCAUUUUCUCACCACGUCCUCGGCCCCGAUUGGCCGCAGUGACGUCCCCCCCCCCCCCCCCCCCGAGUGUGAUGCCAGAACCACCCUUUUGGCCCCUUGACGGCCUCGUCUAAAAGGGCUCUGCCCAAAGUCUGCACGGCCGACACAGAACCAGGUAUCCUCCUCCACGAGCUCCACGGUGCAGCUCCCAGCGCCGUUGGGGCUCUGUAUUUAACUGUUUGCAGCAGCGGCCCCGAUGUGUCAGUACGAAGCUCCACGUUGUAACCGUUGCCCUCCCCGAGGUUUGCAAUGAUCCGAACGGUGUCAUGAGUUUGUCUCGUCUCCAACAAUGUACGUCAGCGGAGACGCCUCCAAAAAACCUGUCCAACCGGGACGUGAUCACACACACACACACACAUCUGUACCCCUCACACUUACUUAAUGCAUGUUGGCUUUAUAACAUCAUGACCUGUAUUUCCACUGCAAACGUUUUAGUUUUCUUUUAAAUAAUCAGUCACUGCACACAAACACCAUGCAUAGUCUUUGUUUUAUUUGUUCUUAAAGGUGCUGACCUCCAUAGUGUGUGUGUGUGUGUGUGUGUGUAUAAAACCAAAGCACCGGUAGAGCUCUGCUGUCCAGCUCACUGCCAGACUCUCAUAGUUUGUCUCUCGCCACAGGAGCCUCGACCCGCUGACGGAGGCUGAGCAUCCUCGCCACUAAUCCGGGGUAAAAUGAAGACUUAUUGAUAAAAGUGGAGGAGCUGCAGGAGACUCGUGGACCGCCCUGCGCUGACCAGCCGUGGCCGGCCUCCACGGCGGCACGUGGAGGAGGAGGAGGAGGAGGAGGAGCAGUACCAGGAGCGUCCUGCAGGAGGACGAGCAGCUCGUGGUCCAGAGGGACACGAUGUUUUGUUUCCAAUAAUAAAACAUAUUUAUAUAUAACUAA